AUGAAUGUCUCUACGUCAACUUUUCAAACUUCAAGAAGAAGACUGAGAAAGAUAGAAGAAGAAGAAAAUGCAUCCACUUUGCAACUGGGUCAUGAAUUUCAAUUGAAACAAAUAAAUCAUCAAGGUGAAGAGGAGGAACUUAUCGCUCUAAAUUUGAGUGAAGCAAGAUUGCUUAUCAAAGAAGCGUUGGUCGAACGUAGGAACGCGUUUAGAGCAGCCCAGACGGGUAAAAACAUUGCACAGGAUACAAAUGAGGAAGAAGAUGAUGAAUUUAUGAGAAAUGAAGCUCGUGAGAAGGAAUUACAAUCCAUAGAUAUUCUACUGGAACAAACUACAGGCGGUAAUAAUAAGGAUUUGAAAAAUACUAUGGAAUAUUUGACCAACUUUUCAAGAUUUAGAGAUCAAGAAACUGUAGGUGCAGUCAUUCAAUUAUUGAAAAGCACAGGAUUACAUCCUUUCGAAAUUGCACAAUUAGGUUCAUUAGCUUGUGAUACAGCUGAUGAAGCAAAGACUUUAAUUCCAAGUUUAAAUAACAAAAUAUCCGAUGACGAAUUGGAAAGAAUUCUAAAAGAAUUAUCCAAUCUAGAAACCUUAUAUUAA